CAGCUCUCCACGUGUGGUGCGCUGCUGAUGAUGACUCUCAGCUUGACGUGUGUUGGCGCGGAGGGACAGCAGGUGCACACGGAGGCCAUCGAUCCAUUCCUUCGAUGCUCUGAUGUUCAUGGCUGGUUUGUGUGUUCCAGGUGAAUUUGCGUCGAGUGCAGGUGUCCCCUCCUGGCAACACGUCGCUGUCUGCCGCAGAGCAUGAGGGGCUGCUCGACUUGAUGGGCAAUGACAAUGGCACAAAACUCAACUCAGUAUACCGGUAGGCAAUCACACACACACACACACACACACCAGAGAGAGAGAGAGAGAGAGAGAGAGAUGUGUGGGUGUGUGGGUGUGUGUGUGGCGUAGGACGUCUGUGCAUGGCACCACCUACGAUGAUCUGCUGGACAGUGUGGGCGACGCAGAGCCUCUCGUGUUUGUCAUCAGAAAGGACCAGUACGUCUUCGGCGCCUUCAUCAAUUGUGGUCUGGAGCUGCCCGACGACCCCACCGACUACAACGGGUACGACUGUGACCUGUGGCAUUUCUCGCUGGCCGGCCACUUCCCCGAGCCCACCAAGAUCGAGAUCAGCCGAGUUUCUCAGCGGGUGCGGGUGGCGGGGAGGGAGGGGACUUUGCUUCUGGAUGCGAAAGUGAUGAUCGGUCGGUACCUGUUGUUGGGUGUCGACGAGGACAGUGGCCGGCCAGCUGCCGACAUCCGCAGCUGCUAUCAGUUCACCUGGCAGCGCAACCUGCCUGCGGGCUAUACGGGGGCGAGGGAUAAUGAUGGCGGUACGGGGGUGAGGAAUAGCGAUGGCGAUGCUUUUCUGGGCGGGUCGGCGUAUUUCCAUGCGGAUGAGAUUGAGGUGCUUCACGUGAUGGGGAAUAGUCGGUGAGGAAGGGGAAAUGUUUCGAUUUGGCGUGCGAUGAGAUGAGUGCUUUACGGAGGUCCGAUUGGCUUUUGUGUGCCUCACGUAAACACACCUAGUGCAUGCCGCAUGGGGUGUGACAGAGGGGAUAAGACGAUUUGGGGGGAAAUGCAGUUACUUCAUUUGUUCAAGUCGCUGCAUUGUGGUGUGUGUGGUGUGUGGAUAUAAUGGGAUGGACUGACUGGCUGAAUGGUUUGACGGCACCACAAGAGGGUAUGCACAUCAAUCCCCUUUGUCCG